AUUAAAGAUGUCUAGAGAGUCAUCAAUAUCUGAAGGAGGAGGAUGGGUUUAAUGGUUUUGUGCAAUGGAGGAUCAUUAAUUUUUAUGUGAAGUGGAUGAUGAAUUUAUAAGAGACAACUUUAAUUUGUAUGGUUUGAAAAGCAAAUUCAAUUUUUAUAAGUAAUUUUGAAUUAUAUUAAUAUAAAGUGAAGCGUUGGACUUGAUAUUAAGUUCUGAGACUCCAGAUGAUGAGGAUUUAGAAGAUGAAAGAUUUUUGGAAGUAUAUUAGGAAGCAACAGAUUUAUAUGGUUUGAUUCAUGCAAGAUUUAUAAUAACAGCAAAAGGUAUGAAAGAUAUGUGAUUAAAUAAGGUUUGGGAAUGAUGAAAGAUAAAUAUUUAGGAGGUAAAUUUGGUGCAUGUCCAAGAGUAUUAUGUGAAAGACAGAAUGUUCUACCUGUAGGAAUGAGUGAAGAAUUACGUACAUCUAGAGUAAAAGUGUUUUGUCCAAGAUGUGAAGAAGUUUAUAUUCCAAAAAAGAAAUGUCCAGAUGUAGAUGGUGCUUAUUUUGGUUGUUCAUUUCCAUCUAUUUUUUUAAUGGUAUAUUAUUAUAUUAUAGAAUGAAUUAGAAUUUUAUAUAAGAGAUUUAAAUUCCUGUUAACAAUUAAACUUAUGUACCUAGAGUUUUUGGAUUUAGAAUUUAUAAAAAGAAAGGAUCUCGUUAUUAAGAUACUUAAUAAAAGGCUACUGAAAUAACUCAUUAUUCUGAAGAAUAAUUAAAGAAAUUAAGAGGAAAGAAUGAACAACAAACAAAAGAGGAUUAUGUUUAAAAAUGA